CUCUGCUGGCCAGCACGCGGGCUGGCCCGCUAGCCCUGCGGCCACAGAAAGGAAAGGCGGCCCUCCUCCUCCCCCUCCUGCGCCCGCGGCCCGCUGGACCUCAUGCUGGGUCGGGCGCCCCCUGUUUUCUUUGAGACGAACGGAGAAUUCCCAGCUUCCAAUUAACACACAGGAUGGGUGCACUACAAGAGAGAAGUCCCGGCACCGCUCUGUGAAGACCAGGUCGUUCCUGGAACUCCACAGCUUCCCCGAAUGGGCUUCCUUCGAGUCCCGUCCCGCCCAGCGCGGGAGACCCGCCUCCUCCAGCCCUGGCCGCCACUCCCAGCCGUCCUCUGGGCUGGGCAGAGCGUCGACGGAGGCGGCCUGGAGGACCCACUACCGGAGGCAGCCAGUACGGACUGAGGGGACGUUCCAAGAACUGAUGGCCGGAACAAGAGACAGCUGACGCCCAGCCAUGCCCGCCUGCCCCCGGGCUGGCCCUGGCCCCGGCCCCCGGGUGCUGGGGGCCCUCCUGCUUCUGGCUGCCACCCUGGGUGCCCCGAAUGAACGCUGGGACGACCCCGCCUGCACCGAGGGCGUGGUGUCCGUGUCCCGGGGCCAGCGCGCCGUGAUGACCUGCAACAUCUCCAACCCCUUCACACACGUCACCGUCCGCCUGCGCACCCCCGGCGUGAGCAGGACCGUCUUCAGCGAGGACACCCCCGGCCGCUUCUCUCAGGACGGGUGGCAGCUCCUGGUCCAGGGGGGCCAGGCCCAGCUGGUGAUCGGCUCCGCGCGGGACAGCCACGCGGGGCUGUACUCCUGGUGUCUGCGCGGACAGCAGCUGAACCACAGGAGCGUCUCCCUGAAUGUGUUGGAGCCCCAAGAUCAGGAGCUGGCGACAGGCCCGGGACAAGCCGCGGCCUCGGAGGACCCGACCCCCCGGGUCCCCCAGCUCAGGAGCACGAGGGCAUCGCGCGGGCCCCGGUCCCGAGGAGGGGUCCUGGCCACCGUCCUCAUCUUCACGCUGGUGGCCGCGGCGCUGGGCCUGCUCUCCUGGUACAGGCCCUGCCCUUCCUAGAGCU